UAAUGGUAAGAUGGAGCCAAGAUUUACCCCAACUAAACUUUCUCCAUUCAUAACUGUGUUUUUUUCAUUCAGAAAUUCAGCAUUUAUUAGAAUAACACUUGUUUUUUUGCUGUUGUUUUAGUGUUGAUACAUAGAGAUCAGUAAAAUUAGGAACCUCUGCAGACAUUCCACACGUUUAUAACAAGAGCAUCCAUCAUGAAGAAGGGAAUCCUAAAGCCCAUACGCUACAUUUCUCAAAUAUUUGAUCAGAAAGAGCCAGAAUUACAGAUUGGGUUUCCAACUGACGUCAAGCAUGUGGCCCACAUCGGAUGCGAUGGGCCCAACGUCGAGGACCCAGGAUGGAUGAAGGAUUACCAUUCAGCUCCAAUCAAUUCCACGCCUGGCAGUCCAGAAAAGGAAAGUUCCACGUCAGACGCUUGGGGUUCUCAAGGCGCCGACUUCUUGAGCCGAGGGACCGAAGAAUCCCCCGCCGGCGACGAUUCCACUAGGCCGCGGCAUUCGAGACGGCCGAAAUCCGACGAAACACCGGCCAUCUCUGGUUCUGAAGUGGCAGAUGGAGGGACGAAGAAGAGCAGGCGGGGACGGAAGAAGGAUGUGGCGGCCUCGCAGGAUGCGCCGGCGAUCCCCAAGCAUUCGCAUAGAAGGCGGCCCAAGGACAGCGGAGGAUCGGCCGUGACGUCGUCCAAGUGCAAGGAAACACCGUCAUCAAAUCCGGGCGGCGCGGCGGAGCUGGAGAAAACUGCGAUGGAGCCGUCUUGACGUUAUAAACUAAUGAUAAUGUCUUUGAGUCUAACAAAACUAUAUUUAUUUUCUUUUGAUAUUAAUACAUUUAUUUUUAUAUGGAGUGGGAGGUCAAUUCAGAUUUAUUUAUUUAAAAGAGUCUGAAAGAAUAAAGUGAGUACGAGAGAG